AUGGCAGACUCUCCGAAUCCGGUCCCGGGCGACUCGAACAACUCGAACGGCGCUCCUUCAAAUGUGAUCCUUGUGGCUCCGGCCGUUCCGGUCCCUUCCGCUACUCCGGGACCACCUGUGGAUCCACGAGAGUCCCCUUCUCCUCCACCAGGCGGUCCCCCUCGACCGCCGACGGGUCUCAAUCGAUUCAUGACCAUAGAGGUCCACGAUCCGACUACAAACACAGUUUCCACGGCACAUUUGGAGUUUGUGCUCAACACCGAGCCGUACGGAGCCUACUGUCCCCAUUGCAAGGUCGGUUUCGAGAAGAAUGUGCUCAAAUCAAUCGAUAUUCAGCGCAUGGUCCGAACCCGCACCUCCACACUAAACCACGACGGUCCCUGGCUGCUCAGUCUGCCGGUGCUCAACCGCUGCUGUCGGCGCGACAAGCGGAUCCUUCACUCGUGCUCCGUCUGCUCAAAAAGCCUCUCCUACACUCAGACGCACGAUUGA